AUGUAUUUUCCGUCGAAACAGGCAGCGAGUACAAGCCCGGCGGCAACCCUGACGCCAAGAUCCUCUCCUUCGAAGGUUAGUACCCCCUUCGUCUUACGCCCGCCCUGCGGAAACAAGUCUUCUGUCUCGUGUCUUCGAACGGGAGAUUCCAUUAGCUAUCCAUUGAGCUCUUGGCACAUUCAAUUUCGUGUGCAAUCGUCAUACGGGAGAUAUCGGAAACGCGGAUUGCGGAUCCUCCGCGUCGAAGUCACAACGACCCUACCUUGCUUGCUUGGGCAAGGCUACCAGGAUCGAAAAAAAGAUAAACUGACCUGGAAACUUUUUUCUGUUGCAGAGAUCAAGACUGAGGAGGAUCUGAUUCCCCCCGGUGCCAAGCCCGGAACCGUUCCCACCGACUACAUCCAGGCCACCGGUCUCGAGCGUCUCGAGCUUAUCGGAAAGAUGCAGGGCAUCGACAUCUUCGACAUGCGUCCUCUGGAUGCCUCGCGCAAAGGUACGUGA